GUCGGGACGCCGCGGGCCCUGGGGCGCAGCGUGGGGCUUUCGGCCGCCCGGCGGCGCCGCUCGGGACUGCUCGGGACAGUCGGCGGCCUGCGCGCCCCGGGCCUCCAUGGCGUUCACCCGGAAGAGGCAGCGUGAGCAGCAGCUGCAGCUCUACUCCAAGGAGAGGUUUUCCUUACUGCUGCUCAACUUGGAGGAGUACUACUUUGAGCAGCACACAGCUUUCCACGUCCAGCACCAGGGCAGCCACGAGGAAAGGAAAAUCAGAGGAUCAUUAAAAAUAUGUUCAAAAUCAGUGAUUUUUGAGCCAGAUGCAGUAUCCCAGCCCAUCAUUAAGAUUCCUUUGAGAGAUUGUUUAAAAAUAGGAAAACACGGAGAAAAUGGAGCCAACAGACACUUUGCAAAGGCAAAGUCUUCGGGUAUUUCACUCAUUUUCAGACAGGUAUAUUUCAUUAAAGAACACAAUAUUGUGGCACCAUAUAAGAUAGAACGGGGAAAAAUGGAGUAUGUCUUUGACCUGGAAGUUUCUGGGAAGGUAGAAGAUGUUGUGGAGACAUUGCUACAGUUGCACAGGGCAUCCUGUCUUGAUAAACUUGGUGACCAAACAGCCAUGAUAACAGCUAUCUUGCAGUCACGUUUGGCUAGAACAUCAUUUGACAAAAACAGGUUCCAAAAUGUUUCUGAAAAGCUGCAUAUGGAGUGCAAAGCAGAGAUGGUAACGCCUCUGGUGACGAAUCCGGGACAUGUGUGCAUUACAGACACCAGCCUGUAUUUCCAGCCUCUCAAUGGACACCCAAAACCUGUGGUCCAGAUAACACUCCAAGAUGUCCGGCGCAUUUACAAAAGGAGACACGGCCUCAUGCCUCUGGGCUUGGAAGUGUUUUGCACAGAAGACGACCUAUGUUCCGACAUAUACCUAAAGUUCUAUGAGCCUCAAGACAGAGAUGACCUCUAUUUCUACAUUGCCACGUACCUAGAACACCAUGUCGCAGAACACACUGCGGAGAGCUACAUGCUGCAGUGGCAGCGCGGGCACCUCUCCAACUACCAGUACCUGCUUCACCUCAACAACCUGGCCGACCGCAGCUGCAACGACCUCUCCCAGUACCCCGUGUUCCCUUGGAUAAUAAAUGACUACUCCAGCACAGAAUUAGACUUGUCAAAUCCUGGAACCUUCCGAGAUCUGAGUAAGCCCGUGGGAGCCCUCAAUCAGGAACGGCUGGAGCGGCUGCUGACUCGAUACCAGGAAAUGCCCGAGCCAAAGUUCAUGUAUGGGAGUCACUACUCUUCCCCAGGCUAUGUGCUCUUUUACCUCGUUAGGAUCGCACCAGAGUAUAUGCUGUGUCUACAGAAUGGAAGAUUUGAUAAUGCAGAUAGAAUGUUCAACAGUAUUGCAGAAACCUGGAAAAACUGUUUGGAUGGUGCAACAGAUUUUAAAGAGUUGAUUCCAGAAUUUUAUGAUGAAGACGUCAGCUUUUUAGUCAAUAGUCUGAAGUUGGAUCUUGGAAAGAGACAAGGAGGGCAGAUGGUUGACGAUGUGGAGCUUCCAGCAUGGGCCUCAAGUCCCCAAGACUUUCUCCAGAAGAACAAGGAUGCCUUGGAAAGCACUUAUGUGUCUGAGCACCUCCACGAGUGGAUUGACCUGAUAUUUGGCUAUAAGCAAAAAGGAAGUGAAGCUGUAGCGGCCCAUAAUGUAUUUCAUCCCCUGACCUAUGAAGGUGGUGUAGACUUGAACAGCAUUGAGGAUCCCGAUGAGAAAGUAGCCAUGCUGACCCAAAUUUUGGAAUUUGGGCAGACACCAAAACAGUUGUUUGUGACACCACAUCCUCGAAGGAUCACCCCCAAGUCUAAAAGUGUGUCCCAGGCCUCCAGCUAUAAUGCUUCUAUGACAGAUUCUCCAGUUUCUCCAGGGGAGGAGUCAUUUGAAGACCUGACCGAGGAAAGCAGGAGUCUGGCCUGGAACAACAUCACUAAGUUGCAGCUACACGAGCAGUACAAACUCCACAAAGAGGCGGUUACAGGGAUAGCAGUGUCUUGCAAUGGAUCUUCAGUCUUUACCACAUCACAAGAUUCCACUCUGAAGAUGUUUUCUAAAGAAUCCAAAAUGCUGCAGAGAAGUAUAUCAUUUUCAAAUAUGGCUUUAUCAUCUUGCUUACUUUUGCCAGGAGACACCACUGUCAUCAGUUCUUCGUGGGAUAACAACGUCUAUUUUUAUUCCAUAGCAUUUGGAAGACGCCAAGACACACUGAUGGGACAUGAUGAUGCUGUCAGUAAGAUCUGUUGGCAUAAUGACAGGCUGUUUUCUGCAUCUUGGGACUCUACCGUGAAGGUGUGGUCGGGUGUUCCUGCAGAAAUGCCAGGGACCAAAAGACACCAGUUUGACUUGCUGGCUGAGCUGGAACAUGAUGUCAGUGUCAAUACCAUCAAUUUAAAUGUUGAAAGCACACUGUUAGUUUCUGGCACCAAAGAAGGCAUGGUGAAUAUUUGGGACCUCACUACGGCCACCUUAUUACACCAGAUUUCAUGCCAUUCAGGGACAGUAUGUGAUGCUGCUUUUAGCCCAGAUAGUCGCCACGUCCUCAGCACGGGAGCAGACGGCUGUCUGAACGUGAUUGAUGUACAGACGGGCAUGCUCAUCUCCUCCAUGACCUCAGAGGAGCCACAGAGGUGCUUCGUCUGGGAUGGCAAUUCAGUCUUAUCUGGAAGUCGGUCUGGUGAGCUGCUUGUUUGGGACCUCCUUGGAGCAAAAAUCAGUGAGCGGAUACAGGGCCACACCGGUGCCGUGACAUGCAUAUGGAUGAAUGAACAGUGUAGCAGUAUCAUCACAGGAGGGGAAGACAGACAAAUUAUGUUUUGGAAAUUGCAGUAUUAAGUGCCUUUUCCUCUCUGUUAAGUUCAAUUCUAUUUAAUGUAUUUUUAAACCAAACUUUUAACUGGAGAAUGUGCAAUGAUAUAGUACUUGGAAGUUCCACCACAUGAAGAAUUUGUGGUUUCAACUUCCUAAAUCAUGGUGACUUCAUUCAAAGCCAUUUGUCAUCCGUUAAGGCAGAUAAAAACAUGGCAGCAUUACGGGCAAGAACAUUCUUUUUAGACAGAGGACUGUCACAUGUAAUGACAGAAGACUGUACUGGGUGGUAGAAGACGAGAAGAAAUACGCAUUGGACUGAGAACAUCGGGCAGCACGGUCAGCACUGGCAGCUCAGUUCUCCGAGAAGCAGUGCAGGAGCCUCUGAUCCAAGUUGCCCGGUUGUCACAAGGUUCUUGGAUGUGUUUUCAUGGACUGCUGCCUUUCUACAGUGCCAUGUGCCCAGAUUCUAAGAAUCUAGGGGAGGAAUAGCAGUUCUUAUAACAGUAAGUCUGUUACUGUGUAUAGUAACGGUUUAUAUUUCAUUACGCUACUAAUGUUCAUCUUUUCU